UGCUGCUAUUCCUUUUCUUCUCUAUUUCACAAAGAAGUGGGAUGGGAUCUUUCUUCCCACUCAACCCCUUAACCAUCAACCAAAGCAAAGGCAAGGCAGAAACUAGUAGUAGUGACUCCCAUUGAAACUUUCUGACUGUGACUCACCAACCGUACCACGUUUCCUUCUUCUUCUAUUCUCCUCCUCACUCCACUUUCCCAUUCUUCACCAAAAAACCAGAGAACAAAAAUCCAUCAACAACCACUUCCUCUUUCUCUUCACGAGAAAUGAGCACCAUGGAUUCCUCUUCCAUCUAUGGUGUCUCCGUCUCCACCUUCUUCUUCUUCUUCUUCUCCUUCCUUCUCAUUUCCACAUUCCCCCAUUCUUCAUCCUCCACCACCACCACCACUCAGAUCAACUCCAACUCCAUCCUCGUCGCUCUUCUCGAUUCCCACUACACCGAACUCGCCGAGCUCGUCGAGAAAGCCCUUCUCCUCCACAACCUCGAACAAGCCGUCGGAACCCACAACAUCACCAUCUUCGCCCCCAGAAACCAAGCUCUGGAGCGCGACCUCGACCCUGAGUUCAAGCGCUUCCUCCUCGAACCCCGGAAUCUCCGCUCACUCCAAACCCUCUUGAUGUCCCACAUUCUCCCCGCCAGAAUCUCCGACCAUAACUUCCCCGCCACCGACCGCCGCCACCGAACGCUAUCCCCCGACCACCACCUCAAUCUCGCCACCAACCCCACCUCCGGCAAGAAAACAGUCGACUCCGCCGAGAUCCUCCGCCCAAACGAUGUUCUCCGCCCUGACGGCGUCAUCCACGGGAUCGACAGCCUCAUCGUGCCACGUUCCGUGCAGGAGGAUUUCAACCGGAGGAGAAGCCUCCGCGCGAUCUCUGCGGUGCUCCCGGAGGGAGCGCCGCAGGUCGAUCCCCGGACCAACCGCUUGAAGAAACCAGCCCCCGUCCCAGCCGGCGCGCCUCCGGUACUCCCGAUCUACGACGCGCUUGCUCCAGGACCGUCACUCGCUCCGGCGCCGGCGCCAGGACCUGGAGGACCACGCCACCACUUCAACGGCGAGAAACAGGUGAAGGAUUUCAUCCAAACGCUCGUGCAUUACGGCGGUUACAACGAAAUGGCGGAUAUUCUGGUGAAUCUGACCUCCCUCGCCACCGAGAUGGGGAGGUUGGUUUCUGAAGGCUACGUUCUCACCGUUUUGGCUCCCAAUGACGAGGCGAUGGCGAAGCUGACGACGGACCAGCUGAGCGAACCGGGUGCGCCGGAGCAGAUCAUCUACUACCACAUCAUUCCCGAGUAUCAGACGGAGGAGAGUAUGUACAAUGCGGUGAGGAGGUUCGGGAAGGUCCGGUACGACACGCUCCGGUUGCACCAUAAAGUGGUGGCGCAGGAAUCUGACGGCUCCGUCAAAUUCGGACACGCCGAUGUCUCUGCUUAUCUUUUCGACCCUGAUAUUUACACCGACGGGAGAAUCUCCGUUCAGGGGAUUGACGGCGUUCUUUUGCCGCCGGAGGAGAACGACGGCGAUACUCCACGCACACGCACACGCACAACAACCCCACUUGUUAAAGUUGCUGCUAAACCCAGAAGAGGUAAGUUGCUGGAACUGGCCUGUAACAUGGUUGGAGCUUUUGGACGAGUCUGCUAAUGAAAUCGCUUUCUCAGAUAAUCCCUUAAAAAUUAGGGGAAAAAAUAAAGAGUGAAUUUAUAUGUAAACUUGAAUGUUGUAGAGUAAUACAAAGGAGCAUUCUGAAUCUAUAGCCAGAGAGAGCGAUUAAAUUGCAGAACUUCCAUGGAAAAACUCACAGAGGAUAGCAAAUUUUCUGUCAUUUUGUUUCAUACUGUAAUUACAUAUCAUUUUUUUAUUAAAUUUUUAUUUUUAUGUUGAUUCACGGUCUCUGUAUGCAUAAAUAACCUUCAAAUACGACACUCUCCUUCUUGCUUGCAUAUUUUUUGUUUCUUUUUACUGUUUGUUUGUGAAAUCUCAUACGUAAUCUAUUUUGUUCUAUGGUUUCAAGUUCCAA